AUGGUGACCACCUCAGGCCAGGCUUGGUUUAAAGACUGGUCAGAUUCCCCCCACCUGGAGCCCUGCUCUGCGGUCAGGGUGCCUCCCCGACACGCUUCAGAAGGCAGCCUCAGACCGCAGCUGGUACCCACAUCUCUCAGGGUCUCAGAGUUUAGACGCACGCGGACCUGGUCGGGGGCAGAGGAUGGAGAAGCCGUGCUGGCCGAGGCGCUCCAGAUGCGCUCAGUGCAGGAGCCUCCUGGGACACCUGUCACCGUGCUGUCUGCUGGGGACCCUGAGAGGGUGCAUAGCUGGGCGGGCCCGUCCCUGCGCCCCCAGGGGCUGCCCGACAAGCAGGGCAGUGGCGGGUGCUUCUGUGAAGAGCGAGACUACCGCUUUCUGUCUGAGCUUCAUGCCCUCACGUGCUGUCUUGAAUCAGAAGUGUCUUCAGAGAAAAGCCCGGUGGGGAGCUCAGGAGGGCGGAAGAAGGACCAUUGUGGAGAGUCACUGGGAGGUGAUUUGGGGGCAUGCGGAUGCCAGGCUUCCUUGAUCCCAGUUCUUGACAGAGAACCAGCGGGGCUGAGUCGGGAGCUGCUGACCUACGCCUGUUCCUGA